ACUUAUAUUAAUUUUUGACUGAGCAACAAUAAGCAAAGAAAAGGGGCUAAUAAGUAUUUGUAUCUUAUUACUGGUCUUGCUGAAAAUCCUUCGUCUCUCUCGCGCCCAAUUCGCCUCCUCUUCCGUUUUCUGCGACGCUCUCUUUCAUUUCCUCUCGAACAUUUUUUUUCUUCUUUUCAUGAUUUUCUGAUUUUUUUAUUGCUGCUUAUCAAUUUAAUUCAGAAUCGGAAUCGAACGACACCGAUCGCAUUACCGUUCGGUAAUUUCAACGGUAGUUUGGAUGAGUGUUUGUUAAGUCUUUGUAAUGGAAGAAGAGGAAGAAAAGAAGGAGACCAAAGAAAUAUCUGUGAAGUAUUCGGAGAAUCCUGAAGUAGUUAGUACUGUAGAAGAUAGUGUAGGAACUUCUCAUCAAGAAAAUGUAGGUUUUAGUGGCGGAAAUGGUAGCGAUUUGGAGAUAGAGAAAGAUAAAUAUAAUAUGGAUACAAUUUUGGAUGAAGAACAGUUUGAACAGGUUUCUUUGAAAGAUCAAGAAAAGACGGCUGCUGGUGAGGUGCAGGCUGCCUUUGCAGAUUUUAACCAAUCAUCAAGUUCGGAGAAUGAUAGGCAAUCGUUUGAAGAAUUUGAAGAUGCGCCUCCAAAUUUAACCAUGAAUUUUGGUGCCGAGUAUGAUUCUCCCCAAACCUCUGGAUCUCGGCAUAAUCGCGCUAUAUCAAGCCCUGGUCCUGAUAUACUAUUUAGUACUACAAUUAAGCCAUCGUAUUCAUCAACCAGUCUAGAUUCUGCAUGCUAUGGAGAUGCUGGAUUCUCUCCCAUGGGUUCACCACAAAGGUCUAAGCCAAAAGCUGCUAUGCCAAAUGUUUCCCCAGAACUGUUGCAUUUAGUGGACUCUGCUAUUAUGGGAAAGCCUGAAAGCUUGGACAACUUGAAGAACAUUGUCAGUGGAGUAGAGAGUUUUGAAAAUGGGGAGGAAGCAGAGACUAUUGCCUACUUGGUUGUUGAUUCACUUCUGGCCACAAUGGGUGGUGUUGAAAGUUUUGAGGAUGCAGAUAACAGCCCUCCUAGUGUGAUGCUGAAUUCUCGGGCUGCCAUAGUGGCGGGUGAGCUCAUUCCGUUUCUUCCUUGGACAGGUGAUAGUGAGAUUUACAUGUCCUCAAGGACAAGGAUGGUAAGGGGAUUACGCGCUAUACUGCGAGGAUGCACUAGAAACAGAGAAAUGUGCUCAAUUGCUGGUCUAUUAGGAGUUCUUUUAGUGUCAGCAGAGAAGAUAUUUGUUCAGUAUUCUGAUCCAACUGCACAGAUUAGAUGGGACGGAAAUCCUUUGUGCCACUGCAUCCAACACUUGGCAGGGCAUUCACUUAAUGUUAUUGAUUUACACAGAUGGCUUCAAGUCAUUACAAGAACACUUACCACUGCAUGGGCAUCUCACUUAAUGUAUGCCCUAGAGAAGGCAAUGGGUGGAAAGGAGUCAAAGGGGCCUGCACGUACUUUUGAGUUUGAUGGUGAAAGCUCUGGUUUGCUUGGUCCAGGGGAAAGCCGUUGGCCAUUUACCAAUGGAUAUGCUUUUGCAACAUGGAUCUAUAUUGAAUCAUUUGCAGACACAUUGAAUACAGCUACUGCUGCUGCUGCAAUUGCUGCUGCAGCUGCAGCCAAAUCAGGAAAAUCAUCUGCUAUGUCAGCUGCAGCUGCUGCCAGUGCACUUGCUGGUGAAGGCACAGUUCACAUGCCACGACUUUUUAGUUUCUUAUCUGCUGAUAACCAGGGGAUAGAAGCGUACUUCCACGGACAAUUUUUGGUUGUUGAAAGUGGCAGUGGGAAGGGAAAGAAAGCUUCUUUACAUUUUACCCAUGCAUUCAAGCCACAGUGUUGGUAUUUUAUCGGUUUGGAGCAUACCUGCAAGCAGGGAUUACUUGGGAAAGCAGACAGUGAGCUGAGAUUGUAUAUUGAUGGCUCAUUAUAUGAAACUCGCCCUUUUGAGUUUCCUCGUAUCUCGAAGCCACUUGCUUUUUGCUGCAUUGGAACAAAUCCCCCUCCUACAAUGGCUGGUUUACAACGUAGGCGUCGCCAGUGCCCUCUCUUUGCUGAGAUGGGGCCUGUUUAUAUGUUUAAGGAGCCAAUUGGCCCAGAAAAGAUGGCACGCCUAGCUUUUAGAGGAGGGGAUGUGCUGCCCAGUUUUGGUAAUGGUGCAGGACUUCCCUGGCUAGCUACAAAUGAUCAUGUUCGGAGUAUGGCAGAGGAAAGUUCACUUUUGGAUGCAGAGAUUGGAGGGGCCAUUCACCUUUUAUAUCAUCCUGGUUUGCUUAAUGGGCGUUUCUGUCCAGAUGCUUCCCCUUCAGGUGCUGCUGGCAUGCUGCGACGACCAGCCGAGGUUCUUGGACAAGUUCAUCUAGCAACACGCAUGCGACCUGUGGAGGCUCUGUGGGCCUUGGCCUAUGGAGGUCCCAUGUCCUUACUUCCAUUGGCAAUAUGUAAUGUGCAAAAAGAUAGCCUGGAACCAGAAAAUAGAAGUGCUCCUUUGUCCUUAGCCACUGCCACUCUAGCUGCUCCAAUAUUCAGAAUUAUUUCAAUAGCAAUUCAACACCCGAGAAACAAUGAAGAGCUGUGUAAAAGCAGAGGGCCUGAGAUUCUCUCAAAAAUCUUGAAUUAUCUUCUUCAAACACUGUCUUCAUUAGACAGCGGAAAACAGAGUGGUGUAGGAGAUGAGGAACUUGUUGCAUCUGUGGUCUCCCUAUGCCAAUCCCAGAAAUUUAAUCAUACACUGAAAGUACAACUUUUCAGUACAUUGUUGUUAGAUCUCAAAAUUUGGAGCUUAUGCAACUAUGGACUGCAAAAGAAACUUUUAUCAUCUCUAGCAGAUAUGGUUUUCUCAGAGUCAUCAGUAAUGCGAGAUGCCAAUGCUAUUCAGAUGCUUCUUGAUGGCUGCAGAAGAUGUUACUGGACAAUUCAGGAGAAGGACUCUGUGAAUACAUUUUCACUAGAUGAGGCAACACGCCCUGCAGGUGAAUUAAAUGCUCUAGUUGACGAGCUCUUGGUGAUUAUUGAACUCCUUAUAGGAGCAGCAACUCCAUCAAUGGUUGCGGAUGAUCUCCGCUCCCUACUUGGGUUUAUUGUUGAUUGUCCUCAACCCAAUCAGGUUGCCAGGGUUCUGCAUCUGAUAUAUAAGCUUGUAGUACAGCCAAAUAGCACUAGGGCUAGUACAUUUGCGGAGGCAUUUGUAACAUGUGGUGGGAUAGAAACACUUCUUGUUUUGCUGCAACGAGAAGUUAAAGCUGGUGAUCAUAGUAUUCCAGAAUCAGGGGCAAAGAGUAAUGAUAGUUUGUCUUUUGAGGAAAGUGAGUUAGAUGAUGGCAAUGAGAUUCCAGAAAAUAAUCAGAACAAUGAAGUAGAGAAUUUUGCUUCAUAUGAGAAAAAUUGUGAAUCUGAACCAUCUGAUGCAGUUGGCAGCCCUGAUGCUUCUUCUGCUCGUGUGAAAUUUGAAAGGAUGUCAUCUGUUUCUGAAAAUCCUUUUGCUAAAAAUGUGGGCGGUAUCAGUCUUUCAAUUAGUGCUGAUAAUGCAAGAAAUAAUGUCUACAAUGAUGAUAAAAGCGAUGGUAUUGUCGUUGCUAUCAUUGGGCUGCUAGGCGCUCUGGUUUCAUCGGGUCAUUUGAAAUUUGGCUUAUGUGCACCCUCAGAUACAAACAACUUUUUGGGUGGGGCAUUGCAAGAAGGAGGAGGUUCAAUGUUUAAUGAUAAAGUUUCUCUUCUACUUUUUGCACUGCAGAAGGCUUUCCAGGCAGCACCAAUUAGGCUUAUGACUAUUAAUGUUUACACAGCCUUAUUGGCAGCCUCGAUCAAUGCUUCUUCAGCGGAAGAUGGGCUGAAUUUUUAUGAUUCUGGCCAUCGCUUUGAACAUUUGCAGAUCCUGUUGGUGCUAUUGCGUUCACUUCCUUACGCAUCUAGGGCUUUGCAAAGUCGAGCGCUGCAGGAUCUUCUGUUUUUGGCUUGCAGUCAUCCUGAAAACAGAAGCAGUCUAACAAAAAUGGAGGAAUGGCCUGAGUGGAUUCUGGAGGUGUUAAUUUCUAACUAUGAGAUUGGUGCUAUGAAAAAUUCUAAUUUGGCAAGCUUGGGGGACAUUGAAGAUCUUGUACACAACUUCUUGAUUAUAAUGUUAGAGCAUUCAAUGCGUCAGAAAGAUGGCUGGCAGGAUAUUGAAGCUGCAAUUCAUUGUGCUGAAUGGCUUUCUAUUGUGGGGGGAUCUAGCACAGGAGAUCAACGAGUUAGGCGUGAAGAAUCACUCCCCAUUUUCAAGCGUAGGCUUUUGGGUGGCUUGUUGGAUUUUGCUGCGAGAGAGCUGCAGGUUCAGACUCAAGUUAUUGCUGCUGCUGCUGCUGGUGUCGCUGCUGAGGGUUUAUCGCCAAAAGAGGCCAAGGCAGAAUCAGAGAAUGCUGCACAUCUUUCUGUUGCAUUGGUUGAAAAUGCUAUUGUCAUUUUAAUGCUUGUUGAAGAUCAUUUGCGGUUACAAAGCAAGAUCAAUUGUGCAUCACGUGUUAUUGAUAGUUCCCCAUCUCCGCUCUCCCUUGUAUCUCCCUUAAAUAAUCGCUCAAGUUCGUUGGCAUCCGCUGGUCGAGAUUCAUUUGAAGCCCUAGGGGAUCGCAAAUCCAGUGACUCAGGGGGACUGCCACUUGAUGUCCUUGCUUCAAUGGCUGAUGCAAAUGGGCAAAUUUCAGCCUCUGUGAUGGAACGUUUAACAGCAGCAGCAGCGGCUGAGCCUUAUGAAUCUGUUUCUUGUGCUUAUGUUUCGUAUGGGAGCAUUGCCAUGGAUUUGUCCGAGGGUUGGAAAUACAGGAGCAGAUUGUGGUUUGGUGUUGGCUUUCCUUCCAAAACAGCCAUCUUUGGUGGUGGUGGCAGUGGCUGGGAAUCUUGGAGGUCUGCUUUGGAAAAGGAUGAAAAUGGAAACUGGAUUGAGCUUCCUUUAGUAAAGAAAUCAGUAUCUAUGCUCCAAGCUUUAUUAUUAGAUGAAUCUGGUCUUGGUGGUGGUCUUGGUAUAGGUGGAGGAUCGGGUACCGGAAUGGGUGGAAUGGCGUUGCUAUACCAGUUAUUGGACAGUGAUCAACCAUUCUUGUGCAUGCUUCGCAUGGUUCUCCUAUCAAUGAGGGAGGAAGAUGAUGGGGAAACCAGUAUGCUCAUGAGAAGUGUUAGCAAAGAGGAUGGGAUCUCAGAAGGAAUUGUGUCUUCAGAAAAUAAUUCUCGAAUGCCGAUUAGACAGCCACGAUCAGCUUUGUUGUGGAGUGUACUUUCACCCGUGCUAAAUAUGCCUAUUUCUGAUUCAAAGAGACAGAGAGUCUUAGUUGCAUGUUGUGUUCUAUUCUCUGAGGUGUGGCAUACUGUUGGAAGAGACAGAAAACCUCUUCGGAAACAGUACCUUGAGGCUAUUUUACCUCCAUUUGUUGCUGUAUUGCGGAGAUGGCGGCCACUUCUUGCGGGAAUACAUGAGCUUGCUACUGCCGAUGGUGUUAAUCCUCUUGUUAUUGAUGAUCGUGCAUUAGCUGCUGAUGCACUCCCUAUAGAGGCUGCUCUUUCUAUGAUCUCUCCAGCUUGGGCAGCUGCAUUUGCGUCCCCACCGGCUGCCCUGGCAUUGGCAAUGAUUGCUGCUGGUGCAGCAGGGGGAGAAACCCCAGCUCCUGCAACAACUUCACAGCUUAGGCGUGACUCCUCGUUGCUGGAACGAAAAUCAACUAAAUUACACACCUUCUCGAGCUUUCAAAAACCUUUGGAGCCGACUAACAAAACACCGGCUCUCCCUAAGGAUAAAGCUGCAGCUAAAGCUGCUGCAUUGGCAGCAGCACGUGAUCUUGAACGUAAUUCUAAGAUUGGUUCUGGAAGGGGUCUUAGUGCAGUAGCGAUGGCCACAUCUGCACAGCGACGAAAUGCUACUGAUAUGGAGCGUGUGAAAAGAUGGAAUACUACUGAAGCAAUGUCGGUCGCCUGGAUGGAGUGUAUGCAACCAUUUGACACAAAAUCAGUCUAUGGGAAAGAUUUUAAUGCUCUAUCUUAUAAAUUUGUCGCAGUCCUUGUUGCAAGUUUUGCUUUGGCUAGAAACAUGCAGCGAUCAGAGGUUGAUAGGCGUGCUCAAGUUGAUGUAAUAGCCCGGCAUUGUUUAUCCACUGGAAUUCGUGCAUGGCGCAAACUUAUACAUUGCUUGAUAGAAAUGAAUAGCCUUUUUGGGCCACUUGGAGACAUAUUGUGUAGUCCUGAGCGUGUCUUCUGGAAGCUGGACUUUAUGGAAAGCUCUUCAAGGAUGAGAAGAUGUUUGAGGAGGAAUUAUAACGGGUCUGAUCACUUUGGUGCUGCUGCAAAUUAUGAGGAUACAACUGAGAGAAAACAUGAUCAAGGAAAAGUUCCUGUUCUGGCAGCAGAAGCAAUCUCCAUGGAGGGAAUCCAUGAAGAUGAUGAACAUAUUGAAAUUGAUAAUUUAGAUGGAAGAGUGUCUGAUGCAGAACAGAAUGGAGAGAAGCAGUCAAGACCAAUGGGAACAGCUGAGGGAAACCUGCAGUGUUCUACAGAGUCUAGUGAUGCUCAACUUGUUGGAGACCAAAACUUAGAAAGUUCACCAGCAGUUGCACCAGGAUAUGUUCCUAGCGAUCUUGAUGAAAGGAUUGUUCUUGAGCUUCAUUCAUCUAUGGUCCGGCCUCUAAGGGUUAUACGAGGAACCUUUCAAGUAACAACUAGGAGAAUAAACUUCAUAGUUGAUACCACUGAAAGCACUGCUGUGGAUGGGAUGGAAUCUUCUGAACUUAAGGACCAAGAAAAGGACCGCAGCUGGUUGAUGUCUUCUCUCCAUCAAAUUUAUAGCCGAAGAUAUCUCCUAAGAAGAAGUGCCCUGGAACUUUUUAUGGUGGACCGAUCGAACUACUUCUUUGAUUUUGCUAGUACCGAGGGAAGAAGAAAUGCUUAUCGAGCCAUUGUUCAAUUACGGCCUCCUCAUUUGAACAAUAUUUAUUUGGCAACCCAGAGACCUGAACAGCUUCUGAAGAGAACUCAACUUAUGGAGCGCUGGGCUAGGUGGGAGAUCAGCAAUUUUGAAUAUCUAAUGCAGCUCAACACUCUGGCUGGCCGCAGCUAUAAUGAUAUAACUCAGUAUCCAGUUUUCCCUUGGAUUCUUUCAGAUUACAACUCAAAGAGUUUGGAUCUUUCCGAUCCUUCAUCUUACCGGGACCUCUCAAAGCCUGUUGGUGCAUUGAAUCCUGAUCGGCUAAAAAAUUUUCAAGAGAGAUAUUCUAGCUUUGAUGAUCCAGUUAUUCCGAAGUUCCAUUAUGGUUCUCAUUACUCGAGUGCUGGAACAGUGCUAUAUUAUCUUGUUAGAGUAGAACCAUUUACAACUCUUUCAAUUCAACUGCAAGGUGGAAAAUUUGAUCAUGCAGACCGGAUGUUCUUAGAUAUUGCUGCUACUUGGAAUGGAGUUCUCGAAGACAUGAGUGAUGUUAAGGAAUUGGUUCCUGAGAUGUUUUUUCUCCCAGAGAUCUUAACCAAUGAAAAUUCAAUUGACUUUGGUACGACACAGUUAGGAGGAAGGCUUGAUUCUGUCAAACUUCCGUCCUGGGCUGAGAACCCAGUUGAUUUCAUUCAUAAGCAUCGGAUGGCUCUUGAGAGCGAGCAUGUUUCUGCACAUUUGCAUGAAUGGAUUGAUCUCAUUUUUGGCUUCAAGCAACGUGGUAAAGAAGCUAUACAGGCACAUAAUGUUUUCUUUUACAUUACCUAUGAAGGGACAGUUGAUAUUGAUAAGAUCUUGGAUCCAGUACAGCAACGUGCAAUGCAAGACCAGAUUGCGUACUUUGGACAAACCCCAUCCCAGCUUCUAAAAUUUCCUCACUUGAAAAGGAUGCCAUUAGCAGAUGUUCUUCACUUGCAGACUAUCUUUCGGAACCCUAAAGAAGUUAAACCUUAUGCUGUUCCUUCUCCUGAACGCUGCAAUCUACCUGCUGCUGCCAUUCAUGCGUCUUCAGAUAGUGUCAUAAUUGCUGAUGUAAAUGCCCCAGCAGCACAUGUUGCCCAUCACAAGUGGCAACCAAACACCCCAGAUGGCCACGGUACACCUUUUCUUUUUCAACAUGGAAAAGCCUCAGCAGGUUCUUCCAGUGGAACAUUUAUGCGUAUGUUCAAAGGGCCAGCAGGAUCUGGUGUUGAUGAGUGGCAGUUUCCCCAGGCACUUGCAUUUGCUUCAUCUGGAAUCAGAACUACAGCUGUUGUUUCCAUCACAUGUGAUAAAGAAAUCAUCACUGGUGGACAUGUGGAUAAUAGUAUCAAACUAGUAUCAAUAGAUGGGGCGAAAACCCUGGAAACAGCCAUUGGGCAUUGUGCUCCAGUCACUUGCCUGGCUCUUUCUCCAGACAGCAAUUAUCUUGUCACAGGAUCACAGGACACUACUGUUUUACUUUGGAAGAUACAUAGAGCAUUUACUUCACGCUCAAGCAGCAUGUCGGAGCCUUCCACGGGUACAGGCACACCUUCAACCAGUAGUACCCUAGUAAACACCUUGGCAGAAAAAAACAGAAGGUGUCGUAUUGAAGGUCCAAUACAUGUCCUACGAGGUCAUCACCGAGAAAUUUUGUGCUGUUGUGUCAGUUCAGACCUUGGAAUUGUUGUCUCGAGCUCCGAAUCAUCUGAUGUUUUGUUACAUUCAAUAAGAAAGGGUCGGUUGAUAAGGAGGCUGGUUGGUGUGGAAGCUCACGCUGUUAGCCUUUCUUCUGAAGGAGUAGUAUUGACUUGGAACAGAUCUCAAAAUACUCUAAGUACGUUUACUGUUAAUGGGGUACCAAUUACUAGAGCACAACUUCCUCUGUCAGGAAGCGUUAGUUGCAUUGAAAUAUCUGUUGACGGGAAGAGUGCUUUGGUCGGAAUGAGCUCUUGUUUGGAAAAUGAUGGAACCAGCAAUCAUGAUAAGGGUUCCAGUGUAAAGAAACCAGAUGGUGGGGGUUUUGAUAGGGAGGAAAAUAACAAAUUGGAUGUACCUAGCCCAUCUAUCUGUUUCUUGGAUUUGCAUUUACUGAAGGUGUUUCAUGUACUGAAGCUCGGAGAGGGCCAGGAUAUUACAGCUCUGGCCUUGAACAAUGAUAACACAAAUCUCUUGGUGUCAACUGCAGAUAAACAGUUGAUAAUCUUUACUGAUCCAACUUUGAGCUUGAAAGUUGUAGAUCACAUGCUUAAGCUUGGAUGGGAAGGAGAAGGGCUCAGCCCCCUUAUAAAGUCAUAGGUUUAACUUUAGGGAAUUGGGUUUCUUUUAUUAGUCAUUGGAUUACAGAAGAUACGUGAUACUAUUAGAAUACCACUAGAAUGUAUAAAAUGGGAUGGGUUGCCCCGGAGCAGUUAUGGAGUCUAUGGCGUAACUUGCAGUUGGCAGCCGUAGUCGCAUGGAUGUAACAUAUGUAUUAAUCAGUCGACCAACUCCAAACGUUGAUUGGAGCAUAGUUCCACAGGGUGGUUCCGCUAUUCUUGAUUCAUUUGAGUUAUAGUUUUGAAGCGAUUGAGAUUGGUGAUUCAAGUCUCUGCAGCUUGAGCUCUCUCCAUUUUUGGUCUUUUAUCUUAAAUAUUGUAAUCUUUUUUGAUAGUGAUUGAAAAAUGGUAGAGUUAUUUCAUCAUGUAUGAUUUGUAAAUCUAGUUAUUCAUUCAUGUAAAUUACAUAAAAAUCGAUUUUUCUGUUUGAGACGAGUUGGGCAGUUCUACUGGGUUUUGAAACUCUUACACAACAGUUGGGUUAUUUGAAUCCCUUAUUUACUUGUUAAUGUAGUAGUAUUUUUGUUGCCCCAA